GCAUCCCGGCGCAUCCCAGCGCAUCCCGGUUUAUCCCAGCGCAUCCCGGCACAUCCCGGAGCAUCCCGGUUCGUCCCGGCUCAUCCCGCUCACCCCAGUUCAUCCCGGUUCAUCCCGGCGCUCCGGUGACCAGGAACCUCUAGAUAUUGUCGGAAUGUGACUGCAGAGAAAAAUGUUAAUUUCUAACAACUUGGUUGUGGACUUUUAAUCAGACUUGGAUUUCUGGAAAUACUACAGCAUGACUUCAGCUGGGAAUGAGCUAGAGAGAUGGAGUCCCAGGCAGGGUGGCAGAGCUGGGAAGCUGGUAGAGCCUGUGAGCUCUCCUGAAAACGAUCAUCUUUCAUCAGUGCAGUCCAUCAGCUGCAUGGAGCAUCUCCUGCACCUGCCAGCUGCAGACUCUGCCUACAGCUCCUUCUCAGGGGGAUCCAGUGGUGCAGAGCUCAGCACGCCGUGGUGCCACGSUCAGUGCUGCUGUGUGCCUCCAGAGCAGGUCUCCUACAUGGACUCGGAAUAUGUGACAGGAAUUUACAACCUCAGGGCUGCACACGGUGACCUCAGAUCCCCCGAGCCGUGCCAGGCCCCAGAGCUGAGCACCCACAGCAGCUCUCACAGCACCUCCACAGAUCACAGCAGAGCUGCUCCCACCCAAAGGACUCCAAAUCAGAGACCCCCAGCCCUGGCAGCACCUGCACCGUCCCCUCCCACACGACUCGACAGCUACAGUGUCACUCACAGACACUUGGGCAGGUCAAGAGGGGGCCGUGGCUCUGCAGGGCACAGCGAGGAGCAGCCAGCUCCUGGAGUGCAGGACAGCCCGCUGGCACACAGGGAUGGACCACAGAGCCACCACCGGGCUGCAGUUACACAGCAACAUCUACAGCCUGAYGGGGAAAAGACUCUGGAAAACAAGAGCCUUUCUUCUGAUUUUAUAAAUGAUGUACCAAAAGUUCAGGGGUUAAAGACUGAGGAAAAUGGAGAGUGGAGCCCAUCACGACAGCCUACGAAGAGAAAUAAUCCACACGUUUUCAGCAGACCUUCUUCAUUCAUUUUUCAAGAAUAUUUAAAGAUAGAUUCUGUGGCGAAUGCCCCCAAAAUACUCUCUGCUCAUAACUCAAUUCAUGCUAAUAAAAUUCCCAAAGAGAUGAACUCCAAACCCUAUCACCGAGCACAUUCCAACCCCAGCGCUGUUAAUGAUACACAGGAGGUCAAACAGUGUCCCUGGCCAAGUGCCAGAGAGGCAGCUCUGCCAAGCACAAGGAAAGAGUCCUUGGCCCCUGCUCAGGACCCUCUCCAUGCCCAGUGGCAUUCAGACAUGGACCAGGAUGUGUUUGAGGACAGUUCUGACUUAAAACAUACAGAGAAUGUUCAUCUAAAUAAAAAUGUUCCCAGGAAGAUGAACAGUUGUACAGACAAAAAUCAGUGCUGUGAUCCUGAAGGGGGAGUUGGGAGUGAUGUUAGGGAACCAGUCCCAAACCAAGCCCCCAAAGGGCAGAGAUCAGCACAGCCCUGCAGUGCUGUGGAAGUGGGGCACCCUCGGGGCGAGGAAUGGGGUCAGGGCAGGAAGCAGAGCUGCGAUGGCACAACCCAAAUGGCUUUUUUCAGAGCGACGGAAGAUUCCACAGCUCAGUCAUUACGUGAUGUCCAGAAAGAGAAACAAGGUAACAGCAGCAGUCCCGGCCUCAKCACGGGUCUGGAACAGGAGGAGCCUCAGCCCGUGUUUCUAACACAGCUCUCCAGAGAGCCCCGGCCGGAGAGCGCUGGGGAGCAAAUAACCCAGCAGGCAACUCCCAUGCUCUACUACCUUUCUGCAGGGAAAACCACGGCUGUCCUGCACCCCAACAAGCUCACCCACAGGCAAGAGGACUCAAGGAGCUCACCAAAGGAAAGUCCUUCCAGCAGCUGUUUUGCCUCAGCACGGUGUCCAGAGAUGCAAAGAGAAAGGCAUCAGCUYCAGAGGAGCAGCCACCGGCAGCAGCGCAGUGCUGACGAUCUCCUGCUCCAGRGCAAAGACCUCACUCUCAGGARUCCUGCCUCCUUCACUGAAGAGAAYUUCCAGAAUGACUAUAUAGAGAAACUUAAAUUGGCUCAGAAGAAGGUUCUCAAAGAAACCUCCUUUAAAAGAAAAGAUUUACAGAUGAGUUUGCCYGUCAGACUGAGACAGAAAUCUUCUAAAAGGCCAUCGAUUGAACACCUUCGGUCUGUCUCGUUAUCCAGUGCAAGCGAGGAUGCCAAACCUGUUCCUUGCUCCCCUUCUCAUCGAGAAUCCUUGGAAAGUUUCAGUACAGAUGAAGAAAUAAGGAGGCCACAAAAAAACCAAGCAGGGGGAARGAAAAGGGUAACCCAAGAGCAAAAGAAACUGUGCUACUCUGAGCCCGAGAAGCUCGAUUACCUAAUGGAUAAGGAACUAUCACGGAGUGAAGGUAGGGAUGAAAUCACUGAGCAAGGUGCAGUGGAAUCCAGGAGAAGGGAUGUGGAGAGCAGAGGGAGGGCACUUUCCAGYUCAAGUGUCUCCAGGACAGAGCUGAAACAAAUCCAGCACAGCGCACUGGUGGAAUACAUGGAACGAAAGAUCAGUCGGAGACCACGUGURUCACAACACCCCCCACUGCACAGGCCACCCCUGCAGAAGAGACUGGCAAAUCCCAAAGGACCUCCUGGCCAGACUUCCAACCCAACUGGGAGCAGGAAGAUGCAAAAUGAUGAUGUUUUCUGCCGAGUUCUCUCUGAACAAAAAUCACCAGAUGUUCCUCCUCCUUUGGCUUUUGCUCCCCCGCGGAGCGUGAGCAGCAGAUGUGAUCCCAACAAAGGGGACAGGACCUGCACCAGCAAGUGUCCAUCAGCUGAAAAUCUGCCUCAGACAGGAGAUCCUGCAUCUGGGAGAGCUCCUGAGAGAUCAAAAUCCACUCCUUCAUCCACACAGGACUCGUGCAGAUGUGCCAGAUGUGCAGCAGCACCUUCCCGGCGCUGCGGGAGCUGCCCCGGCCCCGGCAGUGUCCGUGAUCCUGAGAAAGAUGGGCCUGAGAAUCAUGGUCAUAACGACAUAAGUGCACGUGUGUGYUGUCAGGAUGAAAAGCAGCAGAAUCCUGAAACCUCUGUGCCUGUCCCAAGAAGUGGAAGCAAGGAGGGCGUUUGGCUGGAGCAGGAAUGCAGAGCUCAGUCUCCAAGGGGGAAUGAUGCCCUCAAGAGUCCAGAGCAGCCUGCAGCUCCUCCAAAACAGGGAAUGCAUCUCCACAYGGAGCUGGCUCAGCCUCACCAAAUCAGAGACAAAAAUCCAGCCAAAGGUUUAGUGGCCCAGGAAACAGCUGUGAACAGCAGCCACGAUGAUGUUCCCCUGGAGGGAGAGACCGAAAGGAGGCUGCAGUCCCCUCAGGACCAGCGAUACCAUGAGCUGGCUAUGGAGAUCCUUGCCAAAGACAGUUCUCUGGUGGACAUUCUCAUGCCUCAUCCUCUUAGAAAAACUGCUUUGGACCUGAUGGAGGGUUUUUUUCCUGUUAACGUUUCCAUGCUGGAUAAGUCAUACCGGAAAAGGGGAAAGGUACAGCAUGGGCAGGAGAAUGAGAAAAGUCAUGGAGAUGGACCAGAAGAAUGUCCUGAAUCUGAACAUGAAGCCAAGCAAGACAACAAAGAUCCUGCCUCUAAGGGAAACCAAGUCCUGAAGAGCAGCAACGACAGCACAAAUGAGCUAGAUGACAUCACAUCUAAGAAACUGGAACUGAUGGCCAGUGUCCGAUGCAGGCUGCAGGCGCUGUGGGAGGAACGGGAGCAGGUUCUCUCGGAAGUCAGGGAAUGUGCUGAGCGGGGUGAGGAGCUCCAGGCCACCGUGAGGGACCUGUGCAAGCCCAACGAGUUUGAGCGCUACAUGAUGUUCAUUGGGGACCUGGAGAAGGUGGUGAGCCUCCUGCUCUGCUUGUCCAGCCGCCUCGCCCGCGUCCAGAACGCCAUCAGCAGGAUGGAUGGCAGCACAGACGCCGAGGAGAAGCAAUCGCUGAACGAGCGGCACAAGCUCUUGUCUCGACAGCGGGAAGAUGCAAAGGACCUGAAGGAGAAUCUGGACCGUAGGGAACGCGUGGUCUCUGGGAUCCUUGCCAAAUACCUGACAGAGCAGCAGCUCCGGGACUAUCAGCACUUUGUUCARGUCAAAACCUCCUUGCUGAUUGAACAGAAGGACCUCGAAGAGCAGAUUAAGUUUUUCGAAGACCAAUUAGAAAAUCUCGAGCAGAGCAUCCCCCUCUAACAGCCACCACCAGGCCAGACAUUUUCACACAUUAUUUAUGUUUCCCUGGAAAUCCACAGGCACUCUCAGCACAGGGCUCAGYUUGGUGGAUUCUUCCAAUCCUGUUYGUGCCACAGCAUUGACAAGUCCUUAGAUGCUCCAGGAUGCUCUGGGCACACUCUGGACGUGCCUUCCACUUGGACAGGCCAGCUGACAGCAUCUCCCAGUGUGUAGCAAACUGCCUUUUGGACAGGACUGAUGGGAUUCAUUGCUCCUAUUAACUUGGCGUGUAUUCCCCCUUCUUCUUGUCCGUCCAUCUGUUUCCAGAUCGACAUAAUCUCAAUAAAAGAACCAUACAAAUAUUUGCCUCUUGUGGGUGGGUUGAGUGUUUGAAACGAAAAAUUAUGUGGGUGUUCAKAUUUGAAUUGGUGAUUGCACAAAGCCAUAGGAAAUGUUAUGGACCAUUUCAGUGAAACUCCUGCACUCGUUUUUACUGUUUAUAUGUGUGAUAGAGUAAAAAUACACUGUAAURGAAGAAAAUAAUUACUUCCUUUCUUGGCAGUUGCUAUCCAUGAGUCUUUCCUGGCUCUAUGGAAUCCUGGUAGGCUGUUCAGGGGAGGUGGGAAAAAGGGUGGUCUUCAUUGACAUCAAAGAGUCRAUCAGUGAUGUAGCCAGUUUAAAUGAACAGUUUUGGGAAUCA